CCAAUGCGCUCCCAUUGAGAACAGUCCGUUAGCUAACGGUAGCUAGCUAUUAGUUACAACACUGACGGGAAAGUUGAGUUUCACGGUUUAUAUUGGAAUGCUACGUCAGUUAGCUUGCUAUCCAAUUGCUUUUCUUCGUUUAACAGUUGACAAACGGUUUCCAUCGAACGCAUAUUUCCUUGAAUCGCUUGUUAGUUAGCUAGUUUGAAUUUCCCCGGAAGUGAGGUGGCCACUUGGAGCAGCAAGCCAAAGAUAAACACGUAUCAGAGACUCAGGCGUCUUUGGGGCUGGGGUAUACAUGUUAGUAAAAUAGACCGUGAAACGCUUGAAGAAGUAAAAAAGUAAUUGGUCGUAAUAUAGUUAGUUGAGGGACCUGAUACAUGUUGUAAUCAUACUGAACGCCCCAAUCAAGGCGUUGGAACAAGCUCAGCAAGUGCAUUCCGUGACGAAAACGACAUCGAAUCCCUGUAGAUACUGCCUGCACCAUGGUGCGUGCGGCCCUGGUGACUGCCACCAGUCUGGCUCUGACUGGCGCAGUGGUUGGCCACGCCUACUUCCUGAAACACCAGUUCUACCCCACUGUGGUCUACCUGACCAAAAGCAGCCCCAGUAUAGCGGUGUUGUACAUCCAGGCCUUUGUGCUGGUGUUCCUGUUGGGAAAGUUCAUGCGUAAAGUCUUCUUCGGACAGCUGAGAGCUGCAGAGAUGGAGCAUCUGAUCGAGCGGUCCUGGUAUGCUGUCACAGAGACGUGUCUGGCCUUCACAGUGUUCAGAGAUGACUUCUCUCCCCGCUUCGUAGCACUCUUCACCCUGCUGCUCUUCAUCAAGUGCUUCCACUGGCUGGCCGAGGACAGGGUGGACUUUAUGGAGAGAAGUCCUAAUAUAUCCUGGAUCUUCCACUUCAGGGUGUUAUCUCUGAUGGUGUUGCUGGGAGUUCUGGACUUCCUGUUCGUCAACCAUGCCUGUCACAGUAUCAUCACACGGGGGGCCUCUGUCCAACUGGUCUUUGGAUUUGAGUACGCCAUCCUGAUGACUAUGGUGCUCACCGCCUUCAUCAAGUACACCCUCCACACUGUCCACCUCCAGAGUGACAGCCCCUGGGACAACAAAGCAGUCUACAUGCUGUACACUGAGCUCUUCACUGGUUUCAUCAAGGUCCUUCUGUAUAUGGCGUUCAUGACCAUCAUGAUAAAGGUGCACACCUUCCCCCUAUUCGCCAUCCGGCCCAUGUACCUGGCUAUGAGGCAGUUCAAGAAAGCUGUAACGGAUGCAGUAAUGUCCCGGCGAGCCAUCCGCAACAUGAAUACACUUUACCCAGAUGCCACUCCUGAAGAUCUGCUGGCUUCAGACAACGUGUGUAUCAUCUGUCGUGAAGAAAUGGUGACUGGAGCCAAGAAACUUCCCUGCAACCAUAUCUUCCACUCAAGUUGCCUUCGCUCCUGGUUCCAGAGACAGCAGACGUGUCCUACAUGUCGUAUGGAUGUCCUCCGGGCCUCUAACCCCAACCAGCCCCCCGCCCCAGCCCCUGCCCAGCCCCCUGCUCCAGCAGCACCAGCCAACGCCCCUGUCCCUGGUCCACCUGGGAACGUUGGUCCUGGAAUGAUGCCCCACUUCCCCCCAGGGCUGUUUCCUUUCUGGGGCCCCUUCCCUGGAGCGGCCCCCCCUGCUGGUGCUCCUGGCGCCCCAGGGGCCACAGACGCCCCUCAGGCCACAGAAGCAGCUCAGACUCAGGGAGCUGGCACCAGUCAGUCCGCUGGGGCCAGUACAGUCGGUGCUGCUCCAGGAGGCCCUAUGCCUGGGUUCCCCUUCUCCUCCUUCCCACCCCCACUGUUCCCCUCAGCUCCGUGGCUGACUAUGCCACCACCUCCACCGUUUGUGUCAGCCAUGCCCCCUCCUCCCCCGGCCCUGUCCACCAUGUCAGAGGCUGAGCUGAGGGAGCUGGAGCAGGAGGGCCGUAGAGGCCUGGAGGCCAGACUGCAGUGUCUCCACAACAUCCACACUCUGCUGGACGCUGCCAUGCUCAACAUCCACCAUUACCUCACUACCGUCGCCACACUCACUCCUCCUCGGUCAGAAACCAGCAGCUCUGCUGGCGAGGCCAGUGGAUCAUCUCCUCCCUCCGCUAGUGCAGAAACCCAGGAGAAUGACUGUCAGAGCAGUACAGCCGCUGAAGCUGAACCUGAAGCUGAAGCUGUGAACGGGGCCACAGGUUUCUCCCAGCCAGACUCUACCACGUUGGGCGACAGUGAAGACCAGGGGGAUGGAGAAGAAGUUGGGGGAGACGGAGAGCCCAACCCUUCGGAGCUGAGGCGCCGUCGUCUCCGCAAACUCGAGACUACACCCCCUCCUCCUGACCACUGAUACAUGCCCACUGAUGCAUUCUGGGAACGGACUUAUCGAUCAAUGCAUUAUUAUUGAUUACCAAUCAAUAAUAGCUGUAUUUUAUGUAUCUUUCCCCCUCCUGGCUCUGUGUUCUGUUUAAACUCAGAGAGAGGAAGGAGGAACAUGUUGUGUUCCUGUUGUUCCACAACCUUUUUUGUUGUUGUUGUUGGAACACAUAAAAGCAAGAUAUUUUCUUUUUCUACUGCCUGACAUCUUAUGAUCCAUAUGCAGGUGUUUUGUUUCCCCACUCUUCACCAAUACUGAGGAGUGAUAUUCAAACACACAGACCUGACCUGACUUCUUCAAAUACACAGACCUGACCUGACUUCUUCAAAUACAGACCUGACUUCUUCAAAUAGACCUGACCUGACUUCUUCAAAUACAGACCUGACCUGAGAACGGAGUUCUUUAAAUACAGACCUGACCUGACUUCUUCAAAUAGACCUGACCUGACUUCUUCAAAUACAGACCUGACCUGACUUCUUCAAAUACAGACAUGACCUGAGACCGGAGUUCUUCAAAUACAGACCUGACUUCUUGGUCAGUGACAACAAAGUGGAGUGUUCUAAAUCUCAGGUCACCGGUUCCUCUCCUUCUACCAUGGAGUUGAUCCAACUGAGGUUGCUUUCUCUUCUUCUUCUCCUGCUUGUCAGACCGUGUUACAGGGAGGUCUGACCCAUCCAGUUAAAGGACGCCAUGUUAAAUUGCAGUCUGGCUUUGUCUGAAAUGGCACCCUAUUCCCUAUAUAGUGCACAGGUCUCUGGUCAAGUAGUGCACUAGCUAGGGAAUAGGGUGUAGCCAUAGUAUCCCGAGUGAUGGACAACGUUAUACCUUUUCUUUUUGUAAUUUCUUUCCCUAAUUUCUGGCAUAUCAAGAUUUUUCUGUGGGCGGGUGUAUUAUAACUGAAUAGGAAAGUGGGUUGAUUUAACCUGUACAUACUGUAAAAAUAGUUUUAAUAGGAUGAUCUGUACAUACUGCAGAAUAAACCAUUGAAAUGAA